UAAGAUUCCAAGGUUUAGUUGAAGAAAUUACGGAUCUGGAGGAGAUCUUUUCCCCUUAAAACGAGAAAUUUUGUGUCUGAUUUGACUUGGAAACAGCUCCCCACUCAUAUUCAUUCUUUCAUUCAUAAAACUCUGCUGUUUCUUGAGAGGUAAGAAGAGAGUCGUAGAGAACUGACCCCCCCCCCCCCCCCCUUUUUUUUUCUCCUAGAGUGAUCGAUGGUGAGACUUGCGUUAAUAGCUGCGGCAGUGGUUCUGGCUUUUCUUGCGGCAGCUCCGGUGACUGAGGUGGACGCUAAGAGAUGGAUAGUGGGUGAUAACAAGUUCUGGAAUCCUAAUAUCAACUAUACCAUUUGGGCUCAGGACAAACAUUUCUACCGCGACGACUGGCUCUAUUUUGUGUACGAGAGAAACCAAUACAACGUUAUAGAAGUGAACCAGACCAACUACAUAAGUUGCAAUGCCGAUAACCCGAUCGCUAAUUGGAGCCGUGGGUCUGGAAGGGACGUUGUUCAUCUCAAUGUGACCAGACAUUACUAUCUCAUUAGCGGUAGCGGUGGUGGAUGUUACGGUGGUAUGAAGCUCGAUGUUUUAGUUGAGAAACCGCCUCCCCCACCAACCGCAGCACCUAUCAAGAACAGUGCAAGAGGAGCCUUCUCCGAUUUUGGUUCUGCACAUCGGUUUGUCAUUCCAGUAGCUGUUUUUACAGUGAUCGGGACAAUGUGGGACGCGGUACUGCGGUUUUGUUAACGAGUCUUAACUUCUGUUUAUGAGAAAAAAACAAUUGUUUAGAUUCUUAGCAAAGUGAAACUCCUUCCUCCAUAGCUCUUAGUGUUCGUUACUCUUUAUUAUGUUGGUUUCUUGGAUCUUCAGUCAUUCGUUGUGUCAGUGUGUGUCUGUGCCUUGGGAGACUGUUCAUGCUUUGAUUUUGUCGGUGGGAAAUCAAUUGUUGAAACCUGAAAGAUAAGUCUAAUUUGCUUUUAUAUGAUAACUAGGGCUGGUCCGUCGUGGAAAGUUAUAAUAAAAAUUGCUUUAUAUUAA